AUGGCUUCCCAUUAUACAGACAAUAUCAUACACGGUGGCGAUCACGAAGCUACCCAUGCCUCACAAUCGAAAUGGCGCCAUGAAGAGUCGUCGGCUUUCCGCCGCCAUGCUGCUACCGCACCGCGCCAUGCCGACGAAAGGAGUGAUAGUAACGAUCUCGCACAUUUCUUGAAUGCCACUAGAAUCGAUCCUCACGAAUCGGGCGGCCCACCCGCUUCUACUGGGAAACACAAGCCUCUCCCAGUUCCUGGGAAUGCGACAUCUGCCGGUCAUUACGCCGUUGGUCCCGGUCAUCCUACCACAGGAGACGUCGCGAACGCCCUGGAAGUCAAAUGCGGUCCGCUGCUAAAUUACAGGCGUAUGGAAAAUGAGACUUGGUUUGGGAGCGUGCUGGUGGUUACCAAUGGAGGCGGGCUUGCUGAAAGUCCUGUCGCCCCCGAAUUAACAGUGAGGAUAGUUCAACAGGUGGAUAACCGGACCACGCGCGCAAAUGAGGGGCUCCCGGUCAUUGCCUUCCAGUCACUAGACCAAGAUUUAUACGCGGACCCGUCCAUGGAUACAGGAGAAAGGCCUUCUUGGGAAGCCAAGGUGACGGGCGUCAGACUGUACUCUGACCCGGCGAAUACUUUCUGGCGGUUCUCCUUGGAGGUGCCUAUGCAGCAAUCAGAGAUCCAAUGCGAAUAUACCAUCAGCAACUUACACUUUUCAGAAGGCAAAAAGACUGACAAGCAAAACUUCUUUAUUCCAGCAAUUUCCGAAUCAAUGAGGAUAAUGUUUCAUUCUUGCAAUGGUUUUAGUGUCGGAACAGACGAAGCUGCUUGGAGUGGUCCUGCUCUCUGGAACGAUGUUGCCCGAGCGCAUAAGAAGACACCAUUCCAUGUCAUGCUCGGAGGCGGUGACCAAAUCUACAAUGACGGCAUUCGGGUCCAUGGGCCUCUAAAAGAGUGGACAGCGAUAUCAAAUCCAAAGAAACGGAAAGAUUAUCCUUUCCCAGAAGCGCUGAGAAAGGCGUGCGAUGAAUACUAUGCCAACAAUUAUAUCCAGUGGUGA